CGAGCCCGGGCUGCCAAAAGCCAGCAAUCUGCAUCCGAGUCGAAGGACCGUCGCAUAUCCGGGCCUGACUACUGCCGCCGUCUGUGUCUCUGACCCCUCGUCUCAGCUGCACCAGCACCAAUUGCUCGCUCUUAGCGUCACCAUCUACUUUUUGGUAUCGCACAAGAAAUCCACACUGCAAUGCCUCCGAAAGCGAACUGGGAAAAGUACGACAAGCCUCUCGAUGACGAUAAGGCCCAGGAAAAGAUCAAAGUCCUGGACGAGGGCGAUAUUGCUCUGCUAAAGUCAUAUGGACAAGGAUCCUAUGCCAAAGAGCUCAAGAAGAUUGAGCAAGAUAUCAAGGACGCCCAGAAGCGCGUGAACGACAAGAUGGGUGUCAAGGAGUCAGACACUGGCCUGGCUCCCCCCAACUUGUGGGAUAUUCCUGCCGACAAGCAGCGAAUGCAAGAGGAGCACCCGCUGCAGGUGGCUCGUUGCACCAAGAUCAUCCAGUCGGGCGAGGGCGGCGAAUCAAAGUACAUCAUUCACGUCAAGCAAAUCGCUAAAUUCGUUGUCGGGCUUGGAGAAAAGGUCGCUCCAACGGACAUUGAGGAGGGCAUGCGUGUCGGUGUCGAUCGUACCAAGUAUCAGAUCCAGAUCCCACUUCCGCCCAAGAUCGAUCCGUCUGUGACGAUGAUGCAAGUCGAGGAGAAACCCGAUGUGACCUAUAGCGAUGUCGGUGGAUGCAAGGAGCAGAUUGAGAAGCUGCGCGAAGUGGUUGAGCUCCCGCUUCUCCAACCCGAGCGAUUUGUCAACCUGGGUAUCGACCCACCCAAGGGUGUGCUGCUGUACGGCCCGCCUGGUACCGGCAAGACCCUCUCUGCGCGCGCUGUCGCCAACCGAACAGACGCCACAUUCAUCCGUGUCAUUGGCUCGGAGCUCGUUCAGAAGUAUGUCGGCGAAGGCGCCCGAAUGAUCCGAGAGCUCUUCGAGAUGGCCCGAACAAAGAAGGCGUGCAUCAUCUUUUUUGACGAAGUCGAUGCGAUCGGAGGCACUCGAUUUGACGACGGAGCCGGUGGCGACAAUGAAGUGCAGCGCACGAUGCUCGAGCUCAUCAACCAGCUCGAUGGUUUCGACGCCCGUGGUAACAUCAAGGUGUUGAUGGCCACCAACCGCCCGGACACAUUGGAUCCGGCUCUUCUGCGUCCUGGUCGCCUCGAUCGAAAGGUCGAGUUCAACCUUCCCGACCUUGAGGGCCGUGCACACAUCCUGAAGAUCCACGCCCGAAGCAUGAGUGUGGAGCGCGAUAUUCGAUAUGAGCUGCUUGCCCGACUCUGCCCCAACUCAACUGGCGCCGAGCUGAGAAGUGUCUGCACAGAGGCCGGCAUGUUUGCCAUCCGAUCCCGACGAAAGGUCGCAACCGAGAAGGACUUCCUGGAGGCAGUGAACAAAGUCAUCAAAGGCUAUGCCAAGUUCUCGGCUACUCCCAGAUACCUGCUGGCGAUGUAGAUGGCUUCUCUGGGGCCCUCAUUGAGAGGGCGACAAUCCAGACCCUCGCGAUGUCGAGACUACGUUUGCACAAUCUCCGUGUAGGCAGCAUCUCAGCCCGAAAUACAGCUUGUUCAGAACAAAA